UGAACUGAUACAAGACGUUAUAUUUCACCUUAAUAAGGCACUUAUUCAGAAUAUGAAAAUUCUAUAAAUGAAAAUUCUUCUUGGAGAAGUUGGCGGAAAACCAACCCCGAUAAUGUUGCCAAGGUUGUAACUGCCAUUACAUACGAUACAUUGAAUAGUAAAUAAUACAGAUCCAAUUCAACCAGUUUAAGUAAAAUGGAUACAGUUUUACAAUAUCAAGGAUGAUAAUACGGAUGAUGUAUUUCGAAUUAAAUGUGCGACACUGCUGAAUAAUUAUAACGAAUUGCCUUCUUACAGAUACUGAGGAAAAAAUUUAAAUCAAGUUUUUCGACAUGAUGCUAGAAAGCGAGCAUGCAAUUUAGUAUGUUGUAAACAGGAUCCGAGAGAUAUCAAAUUAUUAAGGAUAUGUUGAACCAGAACUAUGGAUUUGGGAAGUGCCUGCGUUUAUCAUUUACGUAAUGUAAUCGGUGACAAUGGUAUGGAAUACCGGACCAGUUCAACAGCUAAUAUAUCUACGCAGCCAACAAAUACAACCAGUAUUCCAACUGACCCAAAUGCUAAUGUAACAUUCGGAUUUUCAAUCGUACAAUCUGCAUUCCUCAUUUUAGGUAUCAUAUCCAACCUUACAUUGAUCAUUUGUCUAGUAGCGAUUAAACGACUCCGAACUGUCCCAAAUAUAUUUGUAGUGAACCUUUGUGCCGCAGGAAUUCUUCUAAGCGUCAACUCCUUCCUCUUGGUUGUCCAGGACUUCACUCAAGGCGUCAACACGAAAAUAACAUUGAUGAUCACGCCAGAAUCUUGCAGAUGGCUCGGUUUCAUCGAUUUCAUUCCUCCAAUUGCCCUUGUUAUGUCUAUGGUUAUCAUUGCUAGACAUCGCUACAUCAGUGUGUUAAACGUUGCUUCAGACAAACGCCUCUUCACACGGCGAAGAGUUUGUCUUAUGUUGGCAUUCGUUUGGGUUAUCGCCAUUUUGAUUGCAGUGCCCAUUUUGGUAGGAUUAAUUCAACUCGACAAAAACGUGGGAAAUAUAUGCGCAUGCUGUUUCAAAAUGGCGGAAAACCCCGCCUUUGCUAUCACAGUUACUCUUAUAGUGUAUGUGAUUCCAAACAUUUUAAUUAUAUUUUACUACACUAGGAUUCUUGUGUUUGUUAGAAAAAGCAGACGGCGGAUUGAACAUCACACGAGACAAGGGAACCACAUAAGUCAUAAUGAAAUGUGGCUCUCUGUGCAAUUCAUCAUCAUCUUCGUCGCAUUUAACAUAUGCUACCUGCCUACAAUGAUCGUUUUUUGGGCAAUGCCCGAGAACAAUCCAAGGGUUUUCACAUCAGUCGGAAACAAUAUGGUUAGAUUGUUGUUCACUUCAAAUCUUUUGGUAAACCCUUUGAUUUUCAUUACCUUCAACCAACAGGCCAGACAUGUCAUAUUGUCAUCAAUUAAAACACCAUGUGUGAGAACGCCUACUACAGUAAGUGGGAGUCAGGGAAGUCACGAAAUUCCAUUGCAGGCAAGUAAUGAAAUACAUUUGAGGGAUUCACUAGAGAACAAUCAUGAGAGAAGACCAUCGCAAUUGAAUGUUUUGAACUUAAGUGGGCAUAAUCUGCAACAACUUGCAGCUGAUAUGAAAUAAAUGGAUUUUGAAAUGCACUAAAUGAAACUACAGACGGCGAUACCAGCCAUAUAUAGGACCGAUACCAGAAAUUAUUGACACAGAAUCAGCAAUGAUAAUAAUGAAUGGUUAUGAGCUUCAGCUUCAAACUUUACAAUAUCAUUUUGAUCGACCACAAGCAUUUCAAAAGCACGAUUGUGAUAAAACAACGAAGGUACCAAAUGAAAGAGCAUUCAAACCAUACUCUUCGGUUAUUCGGUCUUCAAGAUAGACAUUGUCUUAUGUUGGCAUUCGGUUCGAUUAUCGCCAUUUUGAUCGCAGUGCCCAUUUUGGUAGGAUUAAUCCA